AUGGGCAGCAUACCAAAUGCGGCCCACGAAGCCCGUCUCCUCAGCCGCGAAAACCGCAUCACCAACACGUCCGGCCUGGCCCCAAACUACCUGCAAGCAAACCUCCUCAUCCUCCCCUCCAAAUAUGCCUCUCACUUCCACGACCUCUGUCUCCGCAAUCCCGUCCCCUGCCCCAUCCUCGGCAUAACACCCAAGGGCGAUCCGCACUCCAUCCAGCCAAAGGGGUGCAUAACCACGUCCGACUUCGACAUCCGCACGGACUUCCCUGCCUACCGCGUCUACGAGAAAGGGAAAUGUAAAGCCUCCCGUCGAGACCUGCUAGAUGUCUGGACAGACGACCACAUCGGGUUUCUAAUCGGGUGCUCGUUUUCCUUCGAGGAUGCUUUGUCUGCGGCGGGAUUACAACCCAGGCACCAGAAGACGGGGACAAUAGUCGCUAUGUACCGGACUAAUAUUCCCUUGCUGCCUGCGGGGGUGUUCGCUGAUGCGACGUUCAUCGUAUCCAUGCGCCCGUAUAAGCUGCAGGAUAUUGAGAAAGUUCGCGAGAUCUGUAGGCCGUAUUUGGCUACGCAUGGAGAGCCGCUUGCGUGGGGUUGGGAUGGCGCGGAGAGGAUUGGGAUUAGGGAUGUUGCGAGGCCGGAUUUUGGGGAGCCGCAGGUUUUCGAGGAGGGGGAGGUGCCUGUUUUCUGGGCCUGUGGUGUUACUCCCCAAGUAGCCGUGGAAUCGGCCGGGGACAAGAUAGACGGCCUCGUCUUCGCCCAUGAGCCGGGAAAUAUGCUGGUUACGGACUGGACAGCAGAUGACCUGCAGAAAUUGAGGGCAGGAGAUGUGAGUCGAUGA